AUGUGGGUUAGGCAGUUAUUCAAGGACCGUGCGAGAAGAGGAGAAUUCAACAUUUUGGUAAAGGAUAUGAUGAUGUUUGAUCAUUUUUACUUUUUUCAAACCUUCCGGAUGCAUCCCCAUAUUUUAGAAACUUUGAUUUCUUGGGUUGGACCUUUCAUUAAAAAAUCGUCAUUUAGAAGCGAAACAACAUCUCUUGCCGAGCGACUGUGUUCAACUUUACGUUAUUUAGCCACGGGAGAUGCUCAAAUUUCACUUGCCACUCGAUUUUGGAUAAGUCCAGCGACUGUUGGGAGAAUUAUCAGAGAAACCUGUCAGGUUUUAUGGAAUGUCUUGUCAGAAAAAGGUUAUCUUGAUGCUCCGAACUCAAAGGAAAAAUGGUUAAAAAUAGCUAAUGAUUUUAGAGAUACGUGGAACUUUCCGAACUGCAUUGGUGCAAUUGAUGGGAAACACGUCGUUAUACAAGCUCCUCCGAGAAGCGGGUCCAUGUUUUACAAUUAUAAAAAAACAUAUAGCAUCGUGUUGCUCGCUGUGUGUAAUGCGAACUAUGAAUUCACACUGGUUGAUGUAGGAGAAUAUGGUAGACAGAGUGAUAGCGGAGUUUACACUAGCAGCAACUUGGACACGCAAUUGAUAAUAAUUUACUUAACAUACCAACGCCAAGAGCGAUACCAGGCUACCACUCUAAUAAAAUGUUCCCGUUCACCUUUGUUGCUGAUGAAGCAUUCGCACUGA